GAGAGCGUGGCCGUCCACAGGGCCCUCCUUCUGCUGCCAGCACGAGGGACCCCCGGCCAGCAGGGCAGCAUCACCCACCUCCCCAGGAACAAAGGUAAAGAAAAGACAGCAGCCAUGGCUGAGAUGGGGUUUCCUUCUAAGGGAUGUAGAAGAGCAGCCCUUGCUGCCCAGACACCAGAGUUCCUGGCUUAACCCUUUGGGGGGGAUGGCGAGCCGGAUGGGGCCGAACACCACGGACAGCCUGGAGCCACUCUCCAUCCCCGAGCAGUCCAUAGCCCAGGAAGUGGUGGGCCUCUUCUGUAUGGUCCUACUCACCCUCAUAGCCCUGGUGGCAAACACUGUGGUGCUGCUCGUCAUCCUCAAAACUCCUCUCCUCAGGAAGUUCAUCUUUGUCUGCCACCUCUGUGUGGUUGACCUGCUCUCUGCCAUUUUCCUCAUGCCUAUUGGGAUUAUCUCCAGCUCAUCCUGCUUCAGCAGGGUGAUCUACAGCAUUACUGAGUGCAAGGCCUUGAUAUUCCUGAAUAUCUGCUUCAUCAGCGCCUCCAUCCUGACCAUCUCCAUCAUCAGCGUGGAGCGGUACUACUACAUUGUCCACCCCAUGAGGUACGAGGUCAAGAUGACCAUCAGGCUGGCGGUGGCUGGAGUGGUCUUCAUUUGGGUCAAGUCUAUUCUCAUCACUGUCUUGGCACUGGUGGGCUGGCCACAAGGCAAUGGGGCCACCAGUGCCAGCCGCUGCACAGUCUACUGGAGCCCUGGGGCCCACAAGGAGGUUUUUGUGAUCCUUUUCAGCAUCGCCUGCUUUGUUCUGCCCACCGUCAUUAUUUUUGCUGUCUACUGCAGUGUCUACCGAGUGGCCCGGCUGGCAUCCCUGCAGCACACACCUGCACCAGCACAGGCAGCCACGCCAAGGCACAGGUCUGACUCCAUUGCCAGCCAAAUGACCAUCAUCACCACCAGGAACCUGCCGCUGCCCAGGCUGACACCAGAGCGCUUUCUGGGAAGCAACAAGGCCAUCCUCACUUUGGUCCUCAUUGUGGGGCAGUUCUUGUGCUGCUGGCUGCCCUUCUUUGCCUUCCACUUGCACUCCUCUGUUGCUGGCAGCACGGUGGGCAGUGGGCAUGGGGAGAUGGUGGUCACCUGGACUGCCUACUCCUCCUUUGCUAUCAACCCUUUCUUCUACGGGCUGCUGAACCGGCAGAUCCGUGAAGAGCUGGCUCGGCUGCGGCGCAGCUGUCUCAACCAGCCACUGGCCCAGGAGAUCUGUCUUUCCGUCUCAGAGGCUUCUGUCCAGGAGAACUUCCUGCACUUCCUCCAGAGAGCAACUUGCACACUGGAGACCCAUGCCAGCUGCAUUAGUCCCAGCCCCAGGAACAGGAACAGGUUGGACCAGACCAAGAUAAGCAUCCCUAUCCCAGGUCAAGCUCCUGAUGAGAGCAGCUGAGAAGCAGGAAGCCCUGUCCCACUGUGCUGGGCAGGAGACCUGCCAGGGUCCUUGUUCAGGUUUUGCCUCUUGAGCUUAUGGUGGAAGAUGGUUUUCCUGCCUGGCAGAAAGCAGCAGAUCUGGAGAAGCCUCAUCUUCCUUCUGAAGGCUGGGAUUGUUUCUGGUCACACAAUCCAGCUGCAUGGAGAGGAUCUCCUUGGGACACAGGAUGCCAAGGGACUCCUCUGCAGGGGCAGAGGGGACAGCUCCACCUCUGUCACUCCGCUGGGACCACAAAUGGCCAGUGGGGAACUGCAGAUGUCCCUUGCGCCCUUUUCAGGAGCAAUGGCCCAGAUAACACCACUAACAUCAGUAACACCAGGCCUCUGGGCACCUCACUGAGCCUGGGUGGCCCUCCAUCCUUGGCUGUUUAACCCAAAACUAAUGUGUGAGUAGGGGAGUGCUUGUCAUCCAGAGUACUUAUUAGGGAGAUGGCACUCAAGGGGCUGACUCAGGCUGUGCUUUUGUUUCUCUGGAACACUCUGCUGGAGUGGCACUGUACACCUGCUCUGCCCAGCCAUGUCCUUUGUCCUGGCCAGUGGGCAGGGGCUGCCUCUCUCAGGGGAGAUGCU